UUAUUAGGAUGGGCUACGGCAGCAAAAGACCACACUGGGUCUUACCCCUGUACCUGCGGGUAUGUGUGUGUGUAUGCGCGCACACACACAUUAUAUAUACGUAGACACAUAUAUACUGUGUGUGUAUACACACACACAAAUACUGUAUAUACAGUAUAGUACAUAUAUUUGUCCGUGUAUGUGUGUAUAGAAAUUUCAUGUUAGCAAGGAAUUCCAUUGUAUCCUAAACGACCCAAAACGCCGCUGAUACUGGAAAUUGAUACAAAAACGGAAUGCUAGAGAUACCUAUCAAAUCAGACAGCCGCUACAGAAGGAGACAAACAAUGUUACAAUUUGACGUUCUUGCUUUAAGUCUAGUAGUUCCUACGCAAACAGUUGAGCGUGUUCACUGUGAAGCUCAAUUUUCGAUUUACGCCAUCACCGUGGCAAGAUUUUGGUUUCUCGGUAACUCUCUUUCAGCUGAGGGAGCUUUGGAAUUUCCGGAAGCGGAUGAAAUAAUCCUCGCCACUCAUUGAACCCAGGGUUCUUCCUGGGGCGAACCAUAUUUGGAUGCAAAACAGGGCAUUUUUGCUCAAACCUGCGAUCUGACUCACCGCAAACUAUAAUUUAUCGCAAUCACUCCCCUUUAAGAAUCAGUCGUGCCUGGCCCUUUGCCAUAUUUAGAUAUUGUGAAGUGCGCGUUGAUCGCGGGCGCGCGUUUCGCGGGGUAGGAAUGAUUAUUACGUUGGUGGAAAUGUUUCUCCUCUUUCUAAACAUCCCAUACUACAGCGACUAAACGCGGGGAAGUGGAGUUUGAGACAUCUGGUUUAAAAUCAUCUCUUUCGUUCUGAGCUCUCUCCUUUUGUAAUCAUGUAUUUAGUACAACUCACAUCACAUAUAUGAAAAAUACACCGUGGCGUGGAGCAGCCGAGCAAAUCGAGGAAGCCGGGAAAACUUGGAACUCGAUUGUACAAGCCGACCCGUAAUUGCCCGUGGUCGCACGCCAGACCCAGAACCCGCCCCUUUAAAUAUCACGCGUCCGGCUUCACCCAAGCCCCGCCCUCACCACGUUGUUCCGUUUCUGUUUUGUCAAACACAAUUUUUACUCUCUUCCGCAACCUCUGUCUCCUGAUCACCACACCCUCCCUAGUCCGAGUCGCCACCAUUUUGUACUUUUCCUGCAAAAACAUUGUACCUAGCGUUGUAAUCCCCGCGCACAAACCAGCCUCCAACCGCACGUAGACCUGUGGCACCGAGGGAGUAACGCGCCGAUCGCAGAAAUUACACUUUAAAAAACGCUACAAUAAAAUCUACAAUAAACAUCUAGCGAAAGAUUUCACUGGAAAUCAUAAAGGCUCGCAAUCUUUCUGUAGUCUCGUUGACCGUGCGGCUUGAUUUUAAUGGAAACCUCCCCCAGAUUAACGCGGAUGGGCGUCCAUGUGAAAAUACUACUGUUAAGCUUUCUCCAGCCCGAUUGGUGUGACUGUCAGGGCGGAUCAAGUCAGAUGCAAAUGAGCAGUGCGAUCAGCGCUGUGCUGGUUGUUUGCAAAGACUGGUGAAUUUCCACCGAACGCUGCAGCUCAAUUGGAUAAAUUAUAGCCUCGGGAUUGUUAUAUAGUGUUCGAUUGUGGAAUUCGACCGUGGAUUGUUUCCAUGUGGAGUUGCAACCCGAUUCUAUGAAAAGAGGCGCCAGCAGCCAAGGAGCUUUUGUGUUGAAUCGGAAUUGUACUGAAACAUCGCCCGCCUGGCAGGAAGAUCUGGGACGUGGUUUGCAUCGGACUGUUAGUGGGCAGUGUUACCGCUUGUUGUGAUUGCUGGAUUUUGGGGCUGUGUACUGCGCCAUCUUGAGACUUUCCCCCCCACCCCCCUCUUUUCCCUCCCUCCCCCCUCCCUCCCUCAUCUGGAAGAUUCCGGGGGCUUAAAGGAUAUUUCGUUGUCCUCUUGAUUUGGUCUAUUGGGCCUGUUUAAGGCAACCAAAUUAAAACUUAACGCAUUUGCCCCCCCCCCCGUGCUGGUGUCUCACUGCAAGAAAAGAAAAAUCGCCCAGUGUUUUUUUUCAAGUGAUUGAUAGGAUCGAGUAUGAGUAUCGAAACACUGCUGGAAGCUGCGAGGUUUUUGGAAAUGCAGGCGCAACAACAGAAAACACGUGAUGACCGUGAGACACGGGACAGCCUCCUGUCGGAGAGAGAGCCAGAGCGCGGCAAAGUCAACCAUGAGGUCAAGCCCGAGCUGCAAGCUGCCCCCACGCUCCUGGUGCAGAAGCCAUUACCGCCUCCAGCCUCCGCCGCCACCACAGUCGUCGUGUCGCACGUGGUCAGCCCCUCGCUAGCCCCGUCCCCCCUCCCGCCGCAGGCCGCGCAGCACCACCAGCCGGCACGGAGCCCCACCGGCAACGCCAGAGAGGUUUCGCCCAGCCCACCUGUGCUUCAUCCCUCUCCGAUGCCUGCCUUCCCUGACCCCCACCCCGGUCCAGCGGUGGUGAACAGUGCUCCCCAGCAGCUCCCAGGAUCUGUACUGGCAAUCCCACCACAUCAUCUCAUCCAGCAGUCGUCCCUGCCACAGCAGCCAGGUGGGCUUAAGUCGAGCCCCCUGGAUGACGGAAAGCCUCACGAUCAAAAGCGAAGACCUGGGGGGGCAGGGACGCGGGAAGUCCACAACAAACUGGAGAAGAAUAGGCGUGCUCAUUUAAAAGAAUGUUUUGAAACAUUGAAAAAGAACAUUUCCAAUCUGGACGAUAAGAAAACAUCAAACCUAAGCGUUUUGCGGAGUGCCUUGCGAUAUAUUCAGACUUUAAAAAGGAAAGAGAAGGAAUAUGAGCACGAGAUGGAGCGCCUUGCAAGAGAGAAGAUUGCCUACCAGCACCAAUUAGCAGAAUUGAAGAAGGAACUAAGCCAACGGAUGGACAUUCUUGAAAUUGAUCGCAUCCUCCACCAAACUGUGCAACUGGAGGACGACCAGGGUUCUACCUCAACCGCGUCCGAGGGUGAAGAUAAUGUCACUGAUGAUAUCGAAGACACAAGGCCCAUGAACACUCUGACAAGAACAUCACACCAUGAGCUACUCAAGGCCAGCUCCUCUGCUGGCGCCCACCAGCCGUCACUGCUACCCCAGUGUGUGUCUAUCCCUCAUCAGAAGCAACCUCAGGCCCAGGCACAGCUGCAGGUCCAACCACAGGCUUUGAUUCCGCCUCAGACGAUAGUACCAGCACAGACUCACCUCGUGACCGCAUCGGCGCUGCAGCCGACGGUCAUCGCCCACGCCGCGCCCGCCUCCCAUGCCUCGGUGAUCCACACGGCCGUCAACCACGCCAGUCAGGCGAAGCAUGUCGCCCACAUCGUGCCGGCCACCAGCAGCUCCAUGCAGCUGACCACCGCCGCUCAGCCCAUCGGGCAUAUCACUGUGCACCCUGCCUCCUUAGGCCAUGUGGCCCACCUGGGGCGGCAGCUGCCCCCCAUGUAUCCACAGCCGAUGACAGUCAACCAGCCGGUCGUGAGCCAUUUGACGCACACCAUCACCCACCAGCAAGUGAACGGCACCGCACCCGUUGGCCAGCAGACCGUUGUGACAAAGCAGUCGGUGGGUCCCCAGGUCGUACACCAGCAGAUAGUUGGCCAGACCGUCCUGAACCCAGUCACCAUGGUAACCAUGCCAUCUUUCCCUGUGAGCACUUUGAAGCUGGCCUGAACCUGGAGGAGCAGCAGGCCUCGAAGAAGCAGGAAUUUCAAUCUGAGAGAGAAAAGACAAACACCACACAUUUUCCGUGUUACUGCAGUACAUUCCUGACGGCAUGGGUGUGGGUGGGGAAAAAAAUCGAUCGGAGAUGGAUGGUGUAGUCCAAGUGUCAAACGUCACCAGACUGGCACAGUACAAGCUGCUGAUCAGAGGAGUCUGAUUAACAGCUGUCCUUGGCAGCCUUCCUGUAUGUACAUGUGAGUGUGUGUGUGUGUGUGUGUGUGUGUGUGUGUGUGUGUGUGUGUGUAUACAUGGGUGUGUGAUUUGAUCGUGAAUUUACAGAAAGAUGUUAGUAAAACUUCUGUGUUCUUUUUCCUCCCUUCCCUGCAACUCAACUCCCUUCUCUCCAGAAAUAAAAUCUGGGUAGACGUCACCGUGAUUGGACGAGGCAUUGAAAUGGAGAAAGGGAAGGUGGUGGGGGGGGGGGUUGGGGGGGGUAGUUGUACGAAGGAGGCCUUAGUGGAGUUGAGCUUCACUGGAUAGGGUUGGUACACAAGGUAUCAAUAGCAAGAAGAUGUUAAUUCUUCCCAAUUAGGUGCCUGUGUGUGUGCGUGUGUCUGUGUGUACGGAGUGAAAUGCAUGGCCUGGUAUAGUUGUGGGGCAGGCCCAGACGUGUCGCAGGUCAGAGACCAAACCAGGGUCCGUGCCCCCCAGCUUCCUGAAUUUAUUUUUAAAGUUACUUUGUGAGGACCAAUUAAAAAAAAUUGUUGCAGUGUUUGCUUUAAGUGCACCUUCUGGAAAAUUGACUGCAACGAUGGCAACAAGCAAACCCACCCAGAAUCUGUUAAAAGCCCUGGGCCACAUGACUAGACGCUGGCUGGGGGGGGGGUAGGGGGGGAGGGAGACAAAGUUAAUCAUAUUGUUACAGUCCUGUUGUAGCUGUGUCUGUAGGACUGAGUGGCUUCCUAAGCUUAAAGUGAGUUUGUGUCAAUGAACUGUUUAAGGCUGGCAUCAUUACUGUGUGUGUUAUAAAUGCAGUGUCUGUCAUAUGGGGAACUUUUUAUUUAAAAAAAAAUCAACUUUUUUUUUGCAAUAAAGAUUUCUGCUUUCUUUGAUUUAGGCCCAGAAUUAGGGUCUGAUUUGACUAAAGCCCAAUAAAUGAACUAUCAUUGACCCUUGCCCAACGAUUCUUUCUGAGGAUUCUGCAGUGAUGAAGCCAUCAUGUUUAAGUAUUGUGGGGUGUGCUUUACCAAGGGCGUUCAGGUAAAUAAAAUCCUGUAACUAUACUGGAGAGCUUUGUACCCGUACUUCGAUUUAUGUCAUUCACACGAAACAUAACCCUAAGUUUAAAGUGAAUAUGUUAUAUGUAGACGUCUCAGGUAAUUUCAUGAAUUUCUCGGAUUAAUUUUUUUAAAUCAUGGUGAAAAUACUCGGAAGUGAUCUGCUGUGCACUAAUCUCAUCGAGGGUCGCAGUGCAGCAGUUUAAAACCAGAGCCUGUCUCCUCAAAGUUGAUCGUCACAGGAUUCUGAAUCGGGAGCUGACGAUACUCGGUACAUUCCAGUGCUGCUGAUUUGCUUGCACAGGAGGGAUCAUGCUGCUGUUGAGGAAAGUUGACGUGGAAGAUCUGUCACUGCUGUAUUCUAGUGAUCAGUUUUCUUGGUGCUAGCCCCGGCCCAGAUGCCAGGGUUUUUGUUCCUUUUCUCUAAGAUGAUAGUUGUGUACCCAGUCUUUAAUUCCACUUACAAAGCUGGCAUCUGCUCCAGUUACUCAUGGAGUGUUUAUGUAAUAGUUAAGCACUCUAAUUUUAGCUAUUUCUAACUAUCACUGGUUAAAAUGUUUAAAAACAACUCAGGAUGCUGAGAUACAGUGCAGGUUGCUGCUGCCAGGUAGUAGACCAAAGCCAUUUGUUCCCUACUACAUGAAACUGAUGAUUUUUAAAUAUACACACUCAGUUGCCACUUUAUUAGGGACUCCUGCUUGUUAAUGCAAAUAUCUAAUCAGCCAAUCAUGUGGCAGCAACUCAAUGCUUAAAAGCAUGCAGACAUAGUCAAGGGGUUCAGUUGUUGUUCAGGCCAAACAUCAGGAUGGGAAAGAAAUGUGACCUGAGCGACUUUGACCAUGAAAUGAUUGUUGGUGCCAGACAGGGUGGUUUGAGUAUCUCACAAGCUGCUGACCUCCUGGGAUUUUCACGCACAACGAUCUCUAGAUUUUACACAGAGUGGUGUGAAAAGCAAAAAAAAACAUCCAGUAGGUGACAGUUGUGUGGGUGAAAAUGCUUUGUUAAUGAGAGGGAUCAGAGGAGAAUGGCCAGACUGGUUCAAGCUGACAGGAAGGCAGCAGUAACUCAAAUAACCACACGUUACAACAGUGAUGUGUAGAAGCGCAUCUCUGAAUGCACAACACAUUGAACCUUGAAGUGGAUGGGCUACAGCAGCAGAAGACCACAGACAUACACUCAGUGGCCACUUUAUUAGAUACAGGAGGUACCUAAUUAAAAUGGUCACUGAGCGUACAUAUAGUUUGUGCACCUCUUUUAAUUCCAGACCAUCACUAACACCAGUAGUGUAGGAAUUGUUUUCAUGAUUUUUUAUUGCCUUUUACAGAGUAGUCGUACAAUUGCGGCAGUGGUGUCCCCUUGAUGGGCUGUGCACUUACUCCACGCCUCUCAUGUCUCUUCACAGUGCUGGACUAGAGUCAAGCUGAGCAGGGUCUUCCUCCCCCGUUGACUCUGCCCAGCCCCUUCCCCGAACAGUGGCUUCACUAGUUAGGAGGUAGGACGGAGGGGAUCUCAUUCCUCCAUUGAUACAGGUUGCUAGUUAAAUGUCGAGGCACUUAACCACAAACUGAGACAGUUAAAAACUGUUUCCCAUUUGAACUUUUAAAGUAGUUCAUCUACAAAAUUAUACCUAUGAUGAUAAAACCAGGAAUGCGUAUAAUAAUAAAGCUAAGAAAUAAAAUAUUUUUAAAAAUGCACCGGGGAGGUAACCACGCACUAAAAAUUAGGAUCUGGGCUGUUAUAUGAGUUAGCUAAGAUAAUUUGAUGCAUUGAGCAAAAACUUAUUUAAACUAAAUUUAUUACAAUAUAAAUGAGCAAUACUGGGAGAAUAAUAUAAAGUAAGAUACAAAACUACCCUAAAACCAGCAAAGCAAAUAUAUAUUUCCAUAAGAAGCUGAAAUAUUACUAGUACUUAUGAGUGUGGUUCUAGCAACCCUGUCGAAGAAGGCCUUGUAGUUAAUAAUCAGACAGCAAUCCAGGGCACACAUUAGUUUUUGGUAAACGAAUCCCUUGGGCGUCUAAUGAUGAAUCCUAGCAAAGCGAUGGUAGCAACACCACAAGUGGGCUUAAUGGUCUUUUCCAAAUAUCAGUACUUGUUAGAUUUUGUAGUGCCAAGUGAUCCUGAAUUAUACCCAAGUCUCACAGGGAUAUAGACGACUGCCACCCAACAAUCUGAUAAAAAUUGUGUCCAAGACUCAGGAAUGUCCGAUUUAAAAAUAAUAUAACUGGCAGCAGAAACAAAUAACGUGACCAUUCUACAAGUCCUUACAGUAUUGGGUUUAGCAGGAUUCAUGGAAAAUGUACAGUGUAGUUUUCAGUCAGGGAUUCCCAACCUGGGGUCCGUGGCAUAGAGAAAGUUGGAAACCUCUAAGUAAAUGUGAGAUAAACAGAUUGUUUAAAAGAUGUAAAACCUUUUCUUCCAUCAGAAGUCAUUUCACAAUAAGGGACUUCAAUUUCCUGAUGAUCUAGCUGGGACCAUAACUCAAUUUCUAUCUCUUUCCAAUUAUUCUCCAAGAUCAUAAGCUUCUCCCUGACUGAAUCUAUCCCUAGUCACAUUUCCACAAAAAGCUAACAGUUCAAAGUAAGUUGAAUCAUGCAGGAAAACGCAAUGUUUGAGUAAAUUGAGGUUUAUAUUGUAGCAAGGUGGAGUCAAGCUGUUGUGUGUAUUUAAGGCAGAGAUUGAUAAGUCCUCGAUUGGUAAGAGGAUAAAGGGUAAUGGGGAGAAGGCAGGAGAAUGGGCUUGAAAAGGAAAACCAGAGAAGUCUCAGUGGUCUGAGUGCUGCUCCUGAAUCUUAUGAUCCCACAAACUGGGAACACAAACUCACCAACUUACCUUUAGUUUUCCCAAAAUCGGUAUAUUUUUAAUAAUAGAUGUUGGCCUUUGAGCUUCUGGUUUGGUGGAUGGGGGGUCAUAAAUCCACCAUCCCUGAAGAAUAUAAAAUCCCAUCAUUAACACUAAUAAGUAGACAUAAAAAUGCCUUAAUGCUGCAUUUAAAAUUAGUGAAAAAUAAAAUGGGAGAUGAAAUAUUUUUAAGAUUAGUUCAUCCUUCUGGAUUGGUUGGGGUCUUGACCAUCCUACCCCAUGCCUUGAUCGUCCACUGGUGUAGCACCUGAUUCAUGGGUCGACCUGGCACUCAAGUACUUCUCCCCUUCGCUAGGCCUUACAAGUUCAUCUUAGAGUCAUAGAACACUACAGCACCGGAACGAGCCCUUCACUAUGAAUUUGCCUUGUCCCGUUGACCUGUACCCUGCAUAACCCUCCGACCCACGUACCUUUUCUAGUCUCUCUUAAACAUUGAGAUCGAACCAUCAUCCGCCAGUUCCGUUGGCAACUGGUUCUACACUCUCAUGACCCUCUGAGUGAAGAAUUUCUCCCUCUUGUUCCCCUUAAACAUUUCUCCUGUCACCUCUAACCUGUGAAGUCUCACCCAACCUCAGUGGAAAAGGCCUGCUUGCAUUUACCCUUUCUAUACCCCUUAUAAGAACAUAAGAAACAGGAGCAGGAGUAGGCCAUCUGGCCAUGGGCUCAUCUCCACCUACCUGGCUUUUCCCCAUAACCCUUAAUUCCCCUACUAUGCAAAAAUCUAUCCAAACUUGUCUUGUAUACUUACUGAGGUAGCCUCCAUUGCUUCAUAAUUUUGUAUAGAUUCAUAUAUCCCCUUAUCAAAAAGCCAGUUAUCAAUGACAUUAAUAAAGGAAACAUUGCUUUAAAAGUUACAUAAAAGCCUCCAGUUUUAUUGGUUUCUACCUCAAGGCCAGUCUUCCUACAAAGAUAUUCGGGCAUCAUGAGGUCCUUUGACAUUCCCAAUAUUUUCCAGUCAAAUUAAAGGCGAUGGUUCUGGUUGGUGAUGGGAUCCAGCACUUUGGAUCAUGUGGAAUAUUCCAGCUCUACCAGCAAAAGCAGUCAAGUUCCAAUAUUUCUUUUAACACUUUCAGUUCGUUAUCGCCUCACAACAAAUUUCCCGACAGGUGUCAGUAACUCUUGAUUCUGAUCCUUGAUUGGUUUUGGUUGCUCAGCCACAAGGGAAUCACAGCUCAGCCCAACUCUUAAUGCUCGUAGGUUUGCAGAAGCGCUGGCCGGCAGCCAGGGGAAGGCAUCCUGGAGGAUGUUUUUUUGCUUGUCUCACUAAUUUGGGAGUGUUGACGUGGCACAGAGAUCAACACUUGACUUUGAUGCUUGUCUGGUACUGUUGUGUCACCCAGGACUUGCACCUGAAAGACUAAACUCUUGCUGGAAAUUGCCUUACGGCUUUUUCAGACAUUAUUUGCAAACUGCGGGCCACGCUCAUUCCCAAAUCUCUGUAAAUGUCGUCUGUUAAUAUAAUCAGUCUUGUUCUGCGGCUCGCUGAAAUAACACACAAUGUAACAGUAAGGAGCAGGUCUUACUAAAUGUUUAUUCUUGAUGCCUACUAUUGGGGGUUCACUACUCACCCAGCCCCUGUUAGCCCUGUUUAAUUGCAAUUGAGGUGCUGUUUCCAAGGUACUUCUGCAUUGAAACAUGGUGACAUUUCAAACGAAAGAAACCGUUUUGCAAAACUUAUUGGCAGAUUUGUUUUCACCGUAGUUUCAAUUCCCUUAUGAUCGUACCUGAACCGAAUAGUCUGAUUAAAGAGAGCUCAAAACGAGACGGUUGAACCCUUUUUAACUGUUUAGUGCAAGGGCCUAUGGAUACAUAAUUGUGCACGUCCUAUAUUUUACGUCAGUGCUGUUAAUGUUCAAAUGCACUUAUCUGGCUGGCUUUCUUUAAAUCUCUGGGGUUUAAAAGUAAACUCUUCAUGGACUGAAGACAUUAUUUCCAGGUAGAUUAAUUAUUCCAAAUCUCCCUCUAUUUUCCUUUGCAAUUAAACUAAAUCUUCUGACCAUAGUUAUCAGGUAGCACUGGGGGAGUUGGGCUGAAAGUAAAUGGAUCAGUGUCCCUCCUCCAUGUUGCCCUCAGUACCCAACAGUAAUGUAUGUUUUCUUUGUGUCGCCCGGACUCUUCAGCCGUGAUAUCUUCAUGGUCGAGUGGUCUGUUAAUGCUUUUUAUCUGGGUUCAUUCACAUGGCGACAAGCUUCCUGAACCAAGCAAUAUCUAAAAUGAAACAGCAGCAUCUUGGAGAAAUUCGAUCUACAAGUUCCAGAGUAGGAGAACUGAUUUGUUUUAAAUCAAAAACACAUGGUUGGGGAGCUCUUAUGAUUUCAUAAUCCCACUUAUAACAUUAGAAAACAAUUUUACAUCAAGAAGAAAAUAAAAUAGAACAGAUGGGGGUUUUCUCACUGCAAAUGGAAGUGUGGAUUUCUGGUUUGUAUGGUUUGUUUGCUGUAGGAAAGGCUAUCCAAUGAAAUGUUCUUAAGGAGGAGCUUAGCACUGAAGAUUCAUGUUGUUAGUCCGUUGAAGGAUGGCGCGAACACUGUACCCCAAAACGUUCACGUGAAUUGGCUUGGAACAGCAAAGGAAGCAGACUGAAAAUCAGAAACCUUGUGGACGCUGGAAAUCUGUAACAAAUACAGGAAGUGCUGGGGGAAGUCAGCAGGAUGGGCAGAUGCUAUGAAAUGAAUAACGUGCCUGGCCUGCUGAAUUCCUCCAGCAUGUUCAUGUGUGUCACACACACAAUGUCCUGUCUAACACAUCUGCAGAUUUUCUCAUGUUUAUGUGUUACUCUGGAUUUCCAGCGUCUGUAGAAUCUCUUGUGUUUAGGACGGGCUAUAUCUGUGGAAAGAGAAGCAGUGAACGUUUUUGGUCUGUGACUGGGAUCCAUGGACCCCUUGGUUAGUGGUAGGGGUAUAUGGUAUGAAAAAGGGUUGGGAACCCCUGCUAUGACAGAUCUGGGGAAGGGAAUGGUACAGAUUAAUUUUCAGUAGGAGGUGGUGGGGAGAUGUGUAGAACGAAGGUUAUGUCCAUGAUAGGAUGAGUCGAAAUGCCGGUUACCAGCAGACAAAAGACUCUUGGUCUGUGUAAAGCAUCGUCAAAAGAGGUCUGCUUCAGUACAGCUGUCACGUUAUCUAACUGCGCUCCCCAGUCACGUGACUUGCACCUAAGCUCUCUAUGACAUACUCUCUCAGUCAGAGAGCCACACGCACUGAUCAGCAAUGCAUAACCAUCAGCUGCUUUUAUUGCAUUGGCCUCACCAGCUCCAAGAGCCUGGCUGACACAUAUAUUUGUCACCAGGCUAUAGCCAACUGUUUGACAGUUCAAACCCAUUUAGUACAACUCUUUAUCAUGAUAAGCAGCUUCCACCUGGAAUGGGCUUUACAGUCACUCGAUUCACAGACUGUUUUGUGAUGACAGAGCAGACUCAAUGGGCCAAAUGGCCUACUUCUGAUUCCACGUCUUGCGGUCUUAAAUGUCAAAGGAGUUUUUAUGAGUAUCUGACACCAAAAGCGAACCAAAAAAAAAGAAAUUGACUGGGACUUUAAUUGAACAAAAAAGAAAGCAGAAUAAUUUCCCCCAUUAGAGAGACAUUACUUUUCUAUCAUUAAUGUUUGUGGUGAAUGCCUUCACUGUGCAACAGCUUUUGUUUAAAAUAUUGAGGGGAAAAUGUUUUUAAAAAAAAUCUUUCUGUGAAGAUUUUUGAAGUGUUUGAAUGGACCAGGUGUGUGGGAAAAUAUUCGUGGAUUUUUGUAUAUAAUGUAUUUUUACUAUUUAGCUGUAAUAUAAUAGCUUUCGUUCAAAAAAAUCAGUAUCAAUGUGUAUAAUAUUCUCAUAUCCAUCUAUCAAGCAAGAUGCACUUGCCCCAGAAACUAUAAAAUAAAGAUACACCUGCACUGA